AUGGCAGACUCUCCAGAUUCCGCUCUGGCCUACUUGCGUAGCCGGAGCCUGGUCGACUGCGAUACCCUGGAUGCAAAGGUUGCACGGAUGCUUGGCCCGUUCCAAGACUGCACGUCGAACCAGGCAAUUGCAUUUUCCGAGCUUUCCAAGCCAGAACACAAGGAACUGAUUGCCGAGUCGCACUUGAAAGCCGGUACCCUCUUGAGAUUAAUGGCACAGUCUAAAGAUCCUCGAUUUGCUGGGAUUGAGCUUGACGAACUGGCCGUUGAGAUUGCAACAGUUAAAUUGGCCAUCCAGGUCACGCCUUAUCUGCAUGGCCGGGUACAUGUGCAGACGAAUCCGUAUUAUGCUUAUUCGAUCGAGAAGACGAUAGCAAAUGCUUUUCGAAAAGGAAUUGUCCAUCUUUUCAAGGACCUUGCUCCGGGCUGGGACAGUUCUAGAAUCUCUAUCAAAAUACCAUGCACUUGGGAAGGCAUGAUUGCUUGUCGAACCUUGCAACUGGCAGGCGUACAUACACUCGCUACAACUCUGUUUUCAAUUACCCAGGCCGUUCUAGCUGCUGAGGUGGGCUGCACAUAUGUAGCGCCAUAUGUCAAUCAGCUCAAAGUUCACUUUGAGCCGGGAUUUGUUGACCCAAACAAACUAUUCUCACUUUGCCACCUGAUUCAAAGUUACUACAAGUCAAUAAACGCGGUCACCCAAGUCUUACCCGCAAGUCUUACGUCUACCGACGAAGUGCUGGCUUUGGCAGGCGUGGAUCAUAUAACAGUCGCUCCUCCUCUUCUCCAGCUUCUAUCUCGUCCAGACUGCGGUAUACCAGGAUCUGUGUUUGACAACGCGGCAUCGGAGAUACCGCCUCCGCUGAAACAGCCAUUGUACAUGAAAGACGAAGCCGCGUAUCGCAUUGCUUUCACUCGGGAUUUGGCCGGCGCUAGUGAGGAAAAAUUGAGCCAGGCCAUUAAUAUCUUUUGCGAUAUGCAGGACAAGCUUAUUGCGCUUAUCAAGUCCAAGUCCGAAUAG